GGGCUCUGUGUUCUUUCUCUGUUCGACCCUCAUCAAGAAAUGAAGCUGCUAUCGCAAGAUAGAGAUUCAAUCGAGCCAGAACAGAGAAAGAACACAGAGCCUAGAAAACAAUGGUGCUCAGGCAAUUUGCCAUGCACUAAUUGAGUGUUGGGGGUCUGGCUUGUUCUUAUAAGAACGACUAUGCCUGCGGUCGAAAGAUUAAAAUCCAACCAAAUUUUAACUACAAGCUGGACCCCCAACACUCAGUGUCGAACAUACUGCAAGACAAAAGCCACCGUCCGACAAUGACUUUUCGACGUCAAUUCCGGAACGAUUCGAUAGCACCACCCAGACCGCUUCAACCUCAACAGCAGCAGCAUUCAAGUACCACCAGCUAUGGUUCUUGCGCACAUCUUGAACAAAUAUUACAACAACCAAAAGAGCAUGUGGGAAAUCAAGGAGGUGGUUUUCUUUGGAUGAAGAUUAGUAGGGGUGGAUUGUGUACCGUCUCCGGACGUGCCUCUAUCGAUGUGAACUCUCAGAGCUGUGACUGUGAAGUGAAACAAUUUCAAGGUGCUGGUUUCAAAGUCAGGAUGCUUCAGAUCACAGUUGGUGCUGUAUUUGAAUCCCUCGCGGCUCAAUUUCCUCGAACUUGCUUCACUCAUAGCAGCUCGCUCAACUGGCUCAAUCUUGAAGUGAAGUCCGUACCACACAAGCUAGUUGGGGAGCUUAUCACGGUAGUUGCAGUAGCUCGCAAGCAUGAAUUGGUUUCUCAUCAAGUUACAAGCUUUCCAAAUCAUCAAGCUGGCAUAUUCGAGCUCAUCUUCACAAAUUCAAGUUCCGCGGCUGUCCACAUCACUGGAUCUUGA